AUUCUAAAAAUUACGAUUCUAAACAAAACCACGUGCUGUUGUUUUUGUCAUCAAAUCAUGAAGACUCGAAGAUAACGUAUUGAUCGUAGAUACUUUAAGAAUUUGACACAUUUUGGUAGUUUAAUAUGGCAGAUUGUAAAUUUGCUCGUGACCAACUAGCAAAAUAUGGAUGGGUUUCAGGAUCUGGUUUAGGAAAAGAAGAACAGGGUAUGGUAAACCCUAUAAAGGUGUCUAUUAAAAAUAACAAAAAAGGGGUUGGCCAUGACCCAAGUAAAGAAUUCACUAACAACUGGUGGAAUCAUAUGUUUAAUAAAGCUGCUAGUAGUAUUACAGUUGAUAAUACUGAGGAUGGUGUCAAUGUUAAAAGUUUAGUUAAAGAAGAAAAACAAGAAGAGAAAAAAUCUGUGCUAUAUGGUAACUUUAUAAAGACAUCAACACUAACUAAUACUUCAGAUGGAUGUGAAGAGGUUUUUCACGAUAAAGAUGAGGAUGAGAGUUCAGAAGAUGAAGAUAUUUUGAAAUUAAAAAAAUAUACAAUAACUGAUGAAGAAAUGUUCCUAAUAUGUGGUGGCAGAACAGCUCACAAGGGAGCUAGACAUGGACUUAAAUUGAAUGGUAAACUACAAAGAAUAGAAGAGAAUGAAGCUAAGAUGCUCGAAGAGUUGAAACAGAGAAGAAAAGACAAAACAAUUGAUAUUGAGAAGAUUGAUGAUAUGAAAUCUAAGAAAAAGAGGAAAAAAGACAAGAAAAAGGAUUGUGAUGAAAUCGAAACCAUGGAGGAGAAUGAAAAGAAAAGCAAAAAAAUAUGUGCCAAUAUUGAAGAAACAAAUGACAUUAUCAAUGAAGAUGAUGAAAAACAAAUUAAAGCCAAAAAAAGAAAGAAAAGAGAGAAAGAAAGUGUAAAUGAUCAUUGUAAACUUGAUAUAACAUGUAGUGAUAGUAAAUCUAAGAGUAAAAAGAAGAAAAGACAAUUAGACUGUGAUAGUAUAUUUGAUGAAUUAAAUAAUGAUCAAAUUAGAAAAAAGAAGAAAAAGAAUAAGAAAAAAUGUAAAGAUAUUGAAUGAAACAUUUUUUUAUUCACUUAUAAAAUAUUUAUAAAUAUUAUAUAUACACCACAUACAAAAUUGUGUAAAUGAAAUAAAUUAUACUAAACAGCACAAAAAAAAAUGUCAGUAAAAUUUCAAAAUCAGAGAGGCAUUUUAAUCAAAUCAUUCUAGAAAACGACUUACUAAAUGUAUCAAAGCAGUUUUUUGUGAACAGUAUGUUGACACAUUAGUGAUUAAUUCAUCACAAUUCCAAGACAUUAUGAGAAGGUUUAGAGUCUGUACACAGUCUAUACAUCAGUAACUGGUGUGUCCACCGCAAGUGUAAAUAACAGCAGCACAGUGUCUAUGCAUGGAGUGGACCAGAUGAUUGGCACCUGGAACCACGCUCUCAGAAAAACCUGGCGCAAUCCAUCGACUGUUUGGUCUCGGUAUGACGUUAUUAAGUCUCCUCUGAAUUUCAUCCCGAAUGUUCAAUCGGGUUUUAAGUCCAGACUAAAGGCUGGCCAGUGCAUAAUGCUGACACUAUUCUGCUGUAGAAAGUCCCGAGUAACUCUGGUGGUGUGGGCACGGGCGUUGUCAUGCUGGAAAACAUUGUUUCGAUGACGUGUGAAAUGUGGUAUGACAUGGUGUCUGAUCGAGAGCUUGAUCGAUGUAGCGCACUGCUGAGAUGCCGCCUCCUCUCCCUGGACCAAGAUUUUGGAACACCACAGGACCCACUCUCUGGUUCAGGACAAUUCCACCCCAAACCAUUAUGCUUGGACCUCCCCAUGAGUCUCAUUCCAUGACACAUUGGUCAGAAUAACGCUGGCCACGUCAUCCCCAUAUUCUGGUCCUGCCAUCUGCAGUUGAUACGCAAUACCGACUCUCAUCUGUGAACAGAAUAGUUCUCCAUUGCCUGUGUCACCAGUUCUGGUGUUGUUGGCAAACUGUAGAUGUCACGUCUAUGGCAAGGGUUAAGGAUCGGUCCACGGUAGGUCUACGGCAAUGGAUGUUCUCUCUGGUGAGCCGUUGGUGCACUGUAUCGGUACUGAUGGGUCUUCCAUGUGUUCCCACUGUCUGACAUGCUGUCUCAGAUGCUUGUGUGAAGGGAUUCUGCACGUGCUGUUGCACAACAUGGCGUUGCUGAAGCCUGUAGAUGGUCCGAACACUUACCUGGAAGUGAUUGGCAACAGCUUGGGCAGUGUGACCAGCGUUGAGUCUGCCAAGCGCCUGGUUCGUCAGAGCUGUCGUGAGUUGUGGCAUGCUGUUGACGUUGUAGUGUGAAUGAUUUAACCAGGUAUGGGGGUGCAUCUUAUAGGGCUGGUCAUGGUGAACAGCACGUGCAGCCUGAGUUACAUGAAAAUCGUGGAGAACACAUUACCAUCUCAAAAGUCAGGUUGCGUUUUUGAGAACAUUUCCUGGGUUCAAUUCUGUGUUUGGGAAGGAGCCUUAUAGCUCAGGUAAAGUUGAAGAUGUGAUCACAAAUAAAUAAAAACAUUUGGCAAGUUUUAUGCAAUGCGUCUAAUCAGAGUAACAUACCAACCUGAUGUUUCUUUUGCUGCUUAGUAUUAUAAAUAUGAAUUCAUACCUCUCUGUCAGUUUGUCAACAAUUGGCUUGUUAAAGUUACAAUUUCAUAUUUUUAAGUUAUAUUUUUAAAAUGUAUUAAAAUAAAGCCCUAAAAUAGA